CGACGAGCUUUAAAAACACGCAACGCGUAAAAGACGAUUGGAGUACAUUUUGUUGUUCCAAGAGUUCGUUGUUGUUGCUGCGACGUGAUACGUACAAGUCAUGAGUGGAUGUCCCUAUUUUGACAGGAGGCAUUUGUUGUUUCAAAACCAGCCUCUGGAGCAGAAAGAAGAGCAAGAUGCGUCUCAGGCAGGCGUCAACAAGGCCAGUAAAAGAGGUAUCAUCUACGGCGACUACCUCAAGCUGGAUAAAAUCUUGACGGCCCAGGUGCUGCAGAGCGAGCUGAAGGGCAACAAGAUUCACGACGAGCACCUCUUCGUCGUCACGCAUCAAGCUUAUGAGCUGUGGUUCAAACAGAUUCUGUUCGAGUUGGAUUCAGUCCGCGAGAUCUUCAUUAGUCGACACGUGCGAGAUGAACGCUACAUGCUCAAAGUCAACACUCGCAUCCACAGGAUCGUGAUCAUCUUAAGGCUGCUGGUGGAGCAGUUCGCCAUCCUGGAGACCAUGACGGCCUUGGACUUCUUUGCUUUCAGGGAAUAUCUGUCUCCGGCUUCUGGCUUCCAAAGCCUUCAGUUCCGGCUCUUGGAGAACAAAAUCGGGGUGCCCGACAACAUGAGGGUGCCCUACAAUAGGCAGCACUACCGCGACAUCUUCAAGGGUCAGGACCGCGAGUUGCUGCUCGCCACCGAACAGGAGCCCACGCUCUUGAAAUUGGUCGAGGAGUGGCUGGAGAGAACUCCUGGCCUGGAAACAGAAGGCUUCAACUUCUGGGAAAGUCUGGAGAUCAACAUCUUGACUGGCCUCAAUACGGAGGAGCAGAACAUUGAGCAAAUGUCGGACUGUGAGGACAAAGAGGAGAUGAUGGCCGAGUUGCUGAAGCAGAAGGAGGUCUUCACGUCCUUGUUUGACGACAAGCGGCACGAGCAUCUGCUCAGCAAAGGUGAGAGGCGGCUGUCAUACAAAGCGCUGCAAGGCGCUCUCAUGAUCUACUUCUACAGGGAGGAGCCCAGGUUCCAGGUUCCAUUCCAGCUGCUCACCUUGCUCAUGGACAUCGACACGCUCAUGACAAAAUGGAGAUACAAUCACGUAUGCAUGGUGCACCGGAUGAUCGGCAUCAAGGCGGGCACGGGGGGCUCGUCCGGAUACCACUACCUGAGAUCCACUGUCAGUGACCGCUACAAGGUCUUUGUGGACUUGUUUAACCUGGCCACGUUCCUGGUUCCUCGCCACUGGGUGCCCAAGUUGAACCCCAACGUGCACACCUUCCUCUACACGGCCGAGUGCUGCGACAGCUCCUACUGCAGCAGCGAGGACUCGGACUAGCGCAGAAAACCACAGGCAAACCCAACAAACAUGCAUAAAAGAAAAAAAAAGACUAUGGUGCCUAUCUUGUUCCUCUUUUCUCACCACGUUUGUCACUGCGCACUGAUGACGAGCCUCAGUUUCUGGACUUUGGCUAAGUACGACGUGGCUAUCCCGCGAAGAUGUAAAUACAAUUUAUAUUAAUACAACUAAGAAUGAUGUUCAGCAUCUAAAACAUUUUGCACAGCAUGGAAAUCAAGAAAAUGCGAUGUGUAUAUAAUGUCAAUAAUGCACACACUCACCGGACACAACAUUAGGUACAUCUGUGGCAAUAGGAUCCAAGAGAAGAAUUUGGGAUAACUGUCUUUUGAAUAGAACAAUAUGGUUCAUAUUGUUAUACUCACCUGGAUCAUACUUUAUUAUUAUUUGGUUUCCAUAUUGAGUGAGAUAAGGGUUAAAAUAUUAGGAACAGCCCUUAGUAUGAGGCACAACUGCACGGCUACCACUAACAACGGAGCAUGCAGGUGUACCUAAUGUUGUGUCCGGUGAGCGUAAGCGCUACAUUUUAACAUAUGUUUAAUAUAUUCUUUUUUUAGUGCUGCGAUUGCUGUAAUCUUUGUAUAUGAACCUGUAUCAUUUGGUAUUUAAAAAUACAUAUUUGUUGUACAUAGUAUUUGUCUGUAUUUUCAGUGUGUUUAUGUGUGCCUAAAUAAAGCUCAGCAUUGA